AUGUCUUCGACAAAGAAAACAGUAGGUGAAGGUAAGGGGCUUGAAACGAGUAUCUGGGCCAUUCCAGAUAGUAAGACUGAGUCGUCGGAGGCAAAAUCAGCGAGAAAGCCCGGCGGGAGAAGACGCAGUGUGAAAACUGGUCAAAAUAAUGGACAAUCUAAUGAUCAAAGUGAUGCCCACCAUGCAAAUGUCAACGCCCUAGCUGCUAGGCUUGGGAUGGUCGACAUUGGGGCGGCAGAAAACAGUGCUGGACGUAAGAAGCAUGCUGUUUUGGAUGGGAAGUCUGGUGAGCCCUCGUCAAAACACUUCCCAGCAUCUGGUAAGAAAAAAGCCAAUCCUCUGGCCAUGAGGCUGGGAAUGGUCGACGUGGGUGAAGAGGGCGAAGCCAGUGAGGACAGCGGAUCUGAGGCGCUAUCAAGGCCAUCCACCAGCGACAAAUCUAGCAUUUUUGAUCGCAUCAAGCCCAAACCGCAGCGACCAACUGCCGAAACCAGAAAGCCGGCCGAAUCAUCGUCCAAAACACCGCAUGCUUCAAGUCAAAAGACUCAAACUGUUUCUCCAAGCAAGAAAUCCGAUAUUCUUAAGCGUAAAAUUGAAGAACAGCGGAAAAUUCGUGAUUCCAACAUCAAAAAAGCUCAGCAACUUGACCUGCUGCAGGACUUUUUGAAAAAUGACGACGAUGAUGGGUGGGAAGAAGAUCUGUGA